AAGCGUCCUCUAGCCGAAAACUCGAGCUGUCAAUUUGCCCAUGUAUUUGUGGAGUGGCAAAGAUUGAUGUGUAAAAAGGAUAUUUUGUUGACAAUUGACCCUAUUUAUUGGCUGUUUGUGUAGAUAAAUAAUCGGAGAAGUCGGAUAUUUAAAGAAAAUUUAGGAGGAUUUUGGAGGAAAGAAGCGAUUUCAGCCAACAUGCCGGCAGUGCGAGGAGAUGGCAUGCGUGGCUUGGCCGUAUUUAUUUCCGAUAUAAGAAAUUGUAAAAGCAAAGAAGCGGAGAUCAAACGCAUUAACAAGGAACUCGCGAAUAUAAGGAGCAAGUUCAAAGGAGAUAAGACUUUGGAUGGGUACCAGAAGAAGAAAUACGUUUGUAAACUACUCUUCAUAUUUUUACUCGGACAUGACAUUGAUUUCGGGCAUAUGGAAGCUGUAAAUCUCCUAUCAUCCAACAAAUACUCUGAAAAGCAAAUAGGAUAUUUAUUUAUUUCAGUGCUAGUCAAUACUAAUAGUGAGCUGAUUAAACUCAUAAUUCAAAGUAUUAAAAAUGAUUUGGCUUCAAGAAACCCAAUUCAUGUUAACUUGGCAUUGCAAUGUAUUGCCAAUAUUGGCAGCAGAGAAAUGGCUGAAGCUUUUGGUAAUGAAAUACCAAAACUUCUUGUCUCUGGCGAUACUAUGGAUGUAGUUAAACAAAGUGCAGCUCUCUGUCUUCUGCGUUUAUUCAGAACGUCACAAGAAAUUAUCCCAGGAGGAGAAUGGACUUCACGUAUUAUACAUCUGCUAAAUGAUCAACACAUGGGGGUAGUAACAGCCGCGACAAGUCUCAUAGACGCAUUAGUUAAGAAGAACCCAGAGGAGUACAAAGGCUGCGUUUCUCUUGCCGUUUCACGCUUAAGUAGAAUCGUCACGGCCAGUUAUACUGAUUUACAAGACUACACAUACUAUUUCGUACCAGCACCUUGGCUCUCCGUCAAACUCUUACGUCUACUGCAAAACUAUACUCCACCAGCUGAAGAUCCAGGGGUGCGUGGCCGGUUGAACGAAUGUUUAGAAACCAUAUUGAAUAAAGCCCAAGAACCUCCAAAAUCGAAGAAAGUGCAACACUCAAAUGCUAAAAAUGCCGUACUAUUCGAGGCCAUUAGUUUAAUUAUUCACAAUGACAGCGAAGCGAAUUUGUUGGUGCGUGCUUGUAACCAAUUGGGCCAAUUUUUGAGCAACCGAGAAACAAAUUUGCGUUAUUUGGCUUUGGAAUCGAUGUGUCAUUUAGCAACGUCUGAAUUUUCUCACGAAGCUGUUAAGAAACACCAAGAAGUUGUUAUCUUGUCAAUGAAAAUGGAAAAAGAUGUUUCAGUAAGACAGCAGGCUGUUGAUUUGUUAUACGCCAUGUGUGAUAAGAGCAAUGCUGAAGAGAUCGUCCAAGAGAUGUUGAAUUAUUUGGAAACGGCUGAUUACUCAAUUAGGGAAGAAAUGGUCCUAAAAGUCGCAAUUUUGGCCGAGAAAUACGCCACUGAUUACACUUGGUAUGUUGAUGUUAUUUUAAAUUUGAUAAGAAUCGCGGGCGAUUAUGUAUCUGAAGAAGUCUGGUAUCGAGUUAUACAAAUCGUUAUCAACCGAGAUGAAGUUCAAGGUUACGCUGCUAAAACAGUCUUUGAAGCUUUGCAAGCACCCGCGUGUCAUGAAAAUAUGGUCAAAGUUGGCGGUUACAUUCUGGGAGAGUUUGGUAAUUUGAUUGCCGGGGAUCAAAGAUCUUCACCAUCAGUUCAAUUCCAACUUCUCCACUCGAAAUAUCACUUAUGUUCGCCGAUGACUCGAGCUUUGUUACUCUCGACUUAUAUCAAAUUCAUUAAUUUGUUCCCUGAAAUACGGACUCAAGUACAAGAAGUUUUCAAACAACACAGUAACUUGAGAUCAGCUGAUGCCGAAUUGCAACAAAGAGCUUCGGAAUAUUUGCAAUUAAGUAUUAUUGCAAGUUCGGACGUUUUGGCCACAGUAUUGGAAGAAAUGCCGGCUUUCCCCGAACGAGAGAGCUCAAUUCUUGCUGUUUUGAAGAAGAAAAAACCAGGGAGGGUUCCAGAAAAUGAAAUUAAGGAGAACAAAAGUCCAACACCUGUGGCCAAUCACAACAACGAUGUAAAUAACAGUAGUGCCGUUUCUGGAGAUUUACUCGGAUUGUCAACCCCACCAACAGCACAACCAAAUUCUGGUAACACUGGUGUGCUCUUAGACGUCCUUGGGGACAUUUAUGGGGGCAAACAAGCAAAUAAUACGAACAGUGCCACUCAACCUGUCAACAUGUACAACCCCAAGAAGUUCGUGUGUAAAAGUAAUGGAGUUUUAUUCGAAAAUGACUUGAUCCAAAUAGGUGUUAAAAGCGAGUUUCGUCAGAAUUUAGGCCGACUUGGUUUGUUUUACGGAAAUAAGACUAACGUCCCUUUGCAAAAUUUCGUACCGACAUUGUCUUGGCCUGAUGAUCAGGCUUCAAAGCUGAGUAUUCAAAUGAAGCCUGUCGAGCCGGUCCUUGAAGCUGGUGCUCAAAUUCAACAAAUGAUCAACGCCGAGUGUGUAGAUGAUUAUACCGGUACCCCAAGUAUAGUGCUCAGUUUUCUUUAUCUCAACGUUCCCCAGAAAAUAACGAUCAAACUUCCAUUGACGAUUAAUAAAUUCUUUGAACCGACUGAAAUGAACGGUGAAUCGUUUUUCGCAAGGUGGAAAAAUCUAGGAAGCACGAAUCAGCAAAGAUCUCAGAAAAUAUUUAGAGCGACUCAACAGAUGGAUUUGCAAGCCGCUAGAACAAAAAUCAUGGGAUUUGGGAUGCAACUCUUAGAUGGAAUUGAUCCAAAUCCUGAUAAUUUUGUCUGUGCUGGGAUUAUUCACAUGCGGUCACAACAAGUCGGAUGUCUUCUCCGUUUAGAACCGAACAAGAGUGCACAAAUGUACAGACUGACGGUGCGCUCUAGUAAAGAAAGCGUCUCAAUAGAAAUUUGUGAUCUUCUAGCGGAUCAAUUUUAAUUAAUUUAGAAAAUUGUGUAAUUAAGAGUGCAUUCCAUAGUAGACUUACCUUAUCAUUAAAAAAUUAAUAUAUUGAAAAUUUUGCACAGACAUGCGCUCUUCUUUUGUUUGAGAUUCGCUUGCAGUAAAAAUAUUAGAAAGAGAAUGUUCUUUGAGACAAUAUGUAAGUGUGUGACGUUAGUGUUGCUUGUUGACAGUUAAUUUAUAGGAAUAUGAAUUUUUUGCUGAAUUCAUCAAGUUUAGACCUCUUAUUCGGAAGAAAAGGGUCCAUUGCGGAAAAAUUAAAUGUACAAUAAUUGUAUAUCAAAUAAACUUUUUUUUUUCUUAAAACAGAUCUGUUGCACUCGAAUUAAACCAAAAAAGCUAAGGUGGGUCAAACGAUAUUCUUGAAUGUAUAUUAAAAAUCCAAUAUGAAAUAAAAUUAUAUCACUAGAGACGUGUAACUUGUGUUAUAUUGUUAUUAUAUCAUACCAGAGGAUAGUCGACGAGUUAAUAAAUAAAUUGUUCUUCAUAUUUUGAGGAGUUUAAAACAGUUAACUUUCUACUGUCCUCAGAUAUAUUUUUUACCAUUUAUUACAAUAACUGAUUACGUUGUGUAGUAUGCAUUGAAUUAUUAUUUGUAUAUGUUGAUUGUAUAAAUAAGUAAAAUAUUGAUUUAGUAAUAUAAAACUCUUUGCAAUUCCAUUUUUGUAUUCCUUUUUUUAUAUCAUCUACAAAGUGCAUGAUACUUUAUGUAAAAAUAAUAUUGUGUAAUAUAUGAAUUCAAAGCUAAA